AUGCGUCUCGUUACGUCGGAUCUGUUGGUCUCGUCAUCCGAUGUUGGCCUGAUUCUUCACGAGGCUGUUGGUUUGGGGGCUCGAUACAUGAAAGAUGACGCGGCAUCGGGAACUUCACGCACUGGUGGAAGUCGAGAUGACGGCUUUCAUUUCAUGGAGCCAGGGGGUGCCAAGGAUUGCGUUGUAGAUGGCCGGUUUGUCCAUGACAAUGAACUUCAGAGCUUUGAAAUUCCGCCGACAUAA